AUGCUCGGGUGUUUCGGCCGGCCAGCCACAGCCUGCUGCGCUGUGGCGCUGGCGCUGCUGGUCUCCGUGUCGGUUGCCAACCCCGUGCACCACGCGCCCAACGCCGUCAUCGACCUCCUGCCGCGGCAGACCAUCACGCCGGGCGGCAGGCCGUGCGGCCAGAACAACGCCACCAACCGCGGCUGCUGGAAGAACAGCUGGAACAUCAGCACCGACUAUGAAGUGACGACGCCGCCAGCGUUCAACACGCUCACUGUAUGCCAAUAUCCCGGGCCAACAAUAUCAGCCGACUGGGGAGACUAUGUGAUUGUCAACGUCUUCAACGACAUGCAAGACAAUGGCACGUCGAUCCACUGGCACGGGAUCCGGCAGUUUGGCGAGAGCAACCAGGACGGGGCCAACGGGGUGACCGAGUGCCCGAUCCCGCCGGGGCACAACAAGACGUAUGAUUUCCACACGACGCAGUACGGCACGUCGUGGUAUCAUAGCCACUACUCGAACCAGUACGGCAACGGGGUCGUGGGCCCGCUGAUCGUCAACGGGCCGACGUCGGCCAACUGGGACAUCGACCUCGGACCGUACGCCAUGACCGACUACUACUGGGAAACCGCGGACCGGCUGACGCUGCGGGCCGAGCUCGUGGCCAACGGCGCGCCGCCCGACUCGGACAACAUCCUGUUCCGCGGCAAGAACGUGCACCCCACCGCGGCGACGGGCGGCGCCUACGACCGCGUCACGCUGACCCCCGGCAAGAAGCACCUGCUGCGCCUCAUCAACACCAGCGUCGACAACUCGCUGACCGUGUCCCUCGUCGGCCACAACUUCACCGUCAUCGCCACGGACCUCGUCGCCGUGACACCCACGGUGCGCAGCACGCUGUUCCUAGGCGUCGGCCAGCGCUACGACGUCAUCAUCGACGCCAGCCAGCCCGUGGCCAACUACUGGUUCAACGCGACGCUCGAGGCGGCCAACAACUGCGGCAAGACGCACAACCCGUUCCCGGCGGCCAUCUUCCACUACGACGGCGCGAGCGCCACGGGCCUGCCGACCAACCGCGGCACGCCCGUAGUAGCGGCGUGCGCCGGCGAGACGGGGUUCGCGCCCGUCGUCACGCGCACGGUGCCGGCGGCGUCGUUCGCGCCGUCGACGCUGCCCAUCGACCUCGCGUUCCCCACCGGCCCGCGCGGCCAGGUCUUCGAGUGGAGCAUCCGCAACACGCCCAUCGUCGUCGAGUGGGACCACCCCGUGCUGGAGUACAUCCUGCAGGGCAACACGUCGUUCCCCGCCGCCAUCAACCUGGUGCAGGUCGCCGGCGCGAAUGUCUGGACCUUCUGGGUGCUGCAGAACGACUUUGUGCUGCCGCACCCAAUCCACCUGCACGGGCACGACUUUUUGGUUCUUGGCCUGGGGACCGGCGUCUUCGACGCGGCGACCAUGGCCGGCCAGCUGAAUUUCAACAACCCCGUGCGCCGCGACGUCGUGCAGAUGCCCGGAUCCGGCUGGCUGGUGAUCGCGUACAAGACCGACAACCCGGGCGUCUGGCUCAUGCACUGCCAUAUCGGCUGGCACGUGGCCAGCGGCCUGGGGAUCCAGUUUCUGGAGCGCAAGAGCGAGAUCCCCACGCUAAUGCACCUCGAUCAGAUGGAGCCCAACUGCAAUGCUUGGCGAGCCUACCAGCCCUCCAGCCCGUACCUGCCUAAGCUCGACUCGGGGCUUAAGCGGCGCUUUGCCGGCGAGGGCGGGCUGCCGGCGGGCGCGGAGAGGGUGUUGAAGCCUGCGGUGAGGAGGAUUGGGUGAUGGGUCUCUUCUUUCUCUUCCCCUUUCCUUUCCCCUUCCAUUUCUUUGCCCCUCCCUUUAUUUUAUGUGGGAGUCGGAGUUGUUUGUCGGUGGCGUUCGGGCUCUCCAUUCAUAUCCCGACGUCUUGUUCGGUUCGGCCAAAAACAGAUAGGUCCUAGGUGCAUGG